AUGUUGGAUCCCUAUUCAUUCAACAAGGCAGUAGAGAAGGCCAGGCAUAAGGAGAACCUAUUGGAAGUUGUUACUAAGGCUGGAAAAUCACAGUGGAACAAAGGACCAACUACAGUUCCCAACACCAUCAAGUUGAGAGGCGAGGCCAAAAAGAAUUCUCUAACUAUUUUGCUGGAUUCAGGAAGCACACACAGCUUUUUGGAUAUGGAAGCAGCCAGAAAAAUAGGUUGUCUUAUUGCAGAAGCUGUGCCCAUGAGAGUAACAGUAGCAAAUGGCAACUACUUAAUGAGUUUGCACAUUUGCCAUAAAUUCAGGUGGAAAAUACAAGGUAUAGAGUUUGAAGAUACAGUCAGAAUAACUAGGCUGGGUGGAAAUGACAUGAUAUUAGGGGGUGAUUGGAUGAAAAGGCAUAAUCCAGUCCUACUUGACUUUGUGGAGUAUAAAGUGCAAGUAACUCACAAGGGGAAGAGGGUAGAACUUAAAGGAAUUUACAACCAAACAGAGCUAAAGAGCUUGUCAACCAAUGGAGUGAGACAACUACUUAAAAAGGGGCAGGCCAUACGGUCUCAUUUAUUCACAAUUUCAGCAGAAGAAGUGACAGAAUCAAGUAUAAUACCUGCAGCUAUUGACAAGGUACUGAAGCAGUUUCCAGAUGUCUUCCUGGAACCAACAUCCUUGCCUCCAAAGAGGGCUCAUGACCAUUACAUUCCCCUGAAAUCAUAUGCAAAUCCUUCACUUAUGAACCAUGUUUUUAAGAAUUAUCUUAGGAAGUUUGUGUUGGUGUUCUUUGAUGAUAUUCUAGUAUACAGCUCUACUAUGGAGGACCGUGUUCUACAUUUGAGGAAAGUACUGGAGAUAUUGAGAAGGGAUCAACUUUUUGCUAAAUUGUCCAAGUGUUCUUUUGGCCAGCCCAAGGUAGAAUAUUUGGGGCACAUAAUAUCAGGAGAAGGGGUUUCCCCAGACUCUUCAAAGAUUGAGGCUAUGGCUUCUUGGCCCACUUCUAAAACUAUUAAGACCCUUAGAGGGUUUCUUGGGUUGACAGGAUACUAUAGGAGAUUCAUCAGAAAAAAUGGCUUUCACUGGGAUGCAGAAGCUGAGACCUCAUUUCAAGCCCUUAAACAAGCCAUGUCCAGUGCACCUGUGCUAGCAUUGGCAGAUUUCAACAAGCCUUUCAUAAUUGAGACCGAUGCUUGUUCUAAAGGGAUGGGGCAGUUCUAA